AUGGAGCUUAAUAGGGGUCGCUGCGUCCGACGUGAUUCGAAAAGAGAAGCUAGUACCGGGGGCUCCCUAAGCGAGCUGCUUGAUGAAGUACAAGCUUGUAAUGGGGACAGGCUAAGCGAGCUGCCUGCUGACCUGCUGCUCAACAUUCUGGAGAGGGUGGGUACGCUUGAUGCAGUAAAAACUUGCAUACUUUCGAGGAAAAUGCAGAAGCUGCCCACUAUGCUCUCACAGAUCGUCAUUGAUCUCAGCUCUCACGAUCUAGUUCAAAUGAAUGGUGUUGUGGCUGAUGUGACAGACAAGAUCCUUCGUACGAGGUCUCCGCAGAUCACCAUUCACAAGCUGAAGCUCAAAUUUUUCCUGAGCCCUUCUCGCUGUCUCUCUAUCGGCAAAUCUGUUGGGGCAGCCAUGGUGACGCAGAAAUUGGAUGCAGCCGAGUUUGAGAUCUUGUCGCCAAGGGAUCUCCAUCUUUGCACUGAUGCCUAUCGCGUGCUCUUUGCUAAGCAGUUCAAUAAUUUUGUUCGUGAUUGUCCAGAUGCAUUUGCUGGUCUCACACGGCUGCAUUUACGGAAUAUGAGAUUUGGUAAAUCAGACAUACCCAUCAUCCUAAGCUAUUGCAAGGUGCUGGAGUCACUAUCUUUCUUAAUGUGUGCCGCUGGGAUCCGUUCGGUUCUACAUGUAGAACAUGCUCGACUCGUCGAGCUUGUUAUCUCCUAUGGAAAAUUCAAAACAGUGGAGCUCAAUCGCCUACCAAAGCUCAAACGGAUGACCUACAAUAAUUGGCCCUAUGAUGAAAAUCCAUUGGUUCUUGGUGUUCUCCCUCAGCUUUCAAACCUCAGUCUUGGUGAUGCAUGUCUUUCUCAGAAGACCCUCAAGCUAAGCCAGCUGCUUGCUACUGUCCCUUCUGUUAGUGAUCUGUCUCUGGAAUUUCGAAGUGAAAAGGUUUGGAUUCAACCAGAAUGCCCCAAAGCGCUUGCUCCUGUGCUUGCUAAGUUACGGUUUAUUAAUCUGGAUAAUCUUCCUGAAGAAUGUGAUAUCUCUUGGACAAUGUUCCUUCUUGAAGCUGCACCAUCUGUAGAGGACCUUUCCAUCACAGUAUGGGAUCAUAAGUGCCGACAGGAGUCACAAAAUAGUUACUCAACGAAAACAGAUGUGAAGUGGGAACCAUCUAAUCCAAAUUUUAAGCACAAGAAUCUGGCGACGCUAACUAUCUACGGCUUCCAGUCCGAUGACAAUUUCAUGGGAUAUGUCAGGCGUGUCAUGGAAGCUGCGGUGAACAUCAAGAAGGUGUCUCUGCAUGACAGGAAGGUGUCCACGCUUUGCACUGACAAGUUUCCCCAUGCUGACGCUCGUCCUUCAAGCUAUCCUCAAACCAGCGUGCAGAAGGAUUCAUUGAGGAAGAUCACAGAGGCAUCCUCGGAGGCUUCUCGGGCUGUGAUUCAGUUCAGCUCGUAA